UGGUCAAAGAGGGACAAGACCAAGAUGGCAGACUGGGCGAUUGUCGCUUUCCGGGGUUGUAUCACAUUUACCACUUUAUAGCCAUGCAGCUUCACGUAGCACAUCAAAUGACACAGGUUUUGUUGGACCUAUAGACUACGACAAGGAAGGUUGAGUUUGUCUCGAUGGAGCCUUAUCUGGAGUGAAGAUUGAAGACGACUACUGCUAUGCUAAGAUGGCGACGUCAUGUCAAAGAGAACAUGAAAGGGAAUCAAACACCUUCAGCAAAUCACCGACGGAGAUCAAAACCAAAACCGCAGAUGAAAUUGAGCUGCUUCAAGUUUCCAACAACGUCAUUUUGGAGGCUAUGGUGAGCCCUGACGAGAGCGUCGAUGAGAAAUUAGCCGACUUUGUGGAAGAACGUAAACAAAGAGGCGCCAUGAUUGUUAGCUUGAAGAAGGCAGUGGAGUUCACAUCAGAGGAGAUGAAAGAAUGCAAAAGUCACAUGAAGACACUGGAAGAGCAAAACAACCGCUUGUGUAAAGAAAGUCAAGAUUUGGAAGAAAAUAAUCUGGGGAAGAGCAAGAGAUGUGAAGAGAACAUCCUGGCUGCUGGACCACAUGUCUCCAUCAACCUGCAGAGGAUUGGAGACGUCCAGCCGCUGAUUGGUCGUCAAGAAAAACUUUCCCCUCAGUUGGCAGGAGGGACCUCCUCUUUGAAGCAGAAGACUCCACAGCCACCCCACAUUAAGGAGGAAGAGGAGGAACUCUGGAUCACUCAGGAGGGAGAUUGUCAUCUCGGACCACAGGAAGCUGAUCUAUCCAAGUUGCCACUGACUGUUGUCUCUGUGAAGAUUGAAGAUGAUGAAGAGGAACCACAAAUGGACAACCUCUUAGCUCCACUAUCAGAAACUGAGGCUGAAGACGAAGUUGAAGUACCUUUGAGCAGCGAUACAGACUCUGAAGGUGAUAUAAAGACUCACACUGACAACAAGCACUCUGAAUACCCUAAAGGGAAGAGAGGUAAAACAUGUUUGAGCUGCUCAGUUUGUGCUAAAAUUUUUAGUCACAGGAGCAAUUUGGCAAAUCACGUAAAAACACACACAGGAGAAAAACCAUUUAAAUGUUCAGUUUGCAGUAAAAGCUUUACUCAAAAGAGCAGUUUGACUCAACACAUGAGAAGACAUACAGGAGAAAAACCUUUCAAUUGUUCAAUUUGUGCUAAAAACUUUUCCAUGAAGAAUUAUUUGACCCAACACAUGAGAACACACACAGGUGAAAAGCCAUUUAAAUGCUCGGUUUGCUGUAAAAGCUUUACUCAGAAGAGUAGUUUGACGCAACACACGGGAAUACACACAGGAGAAAAAACAUUUCGGUGUUUGGUUUGUGGCAAAAGAUUCUCCCUUAGAAAUUAUUUGACUCAUCACAUGAGAACACACACGGGAGAAAGAAAAUUUAAAUGCUCCUUUUGUUAUAAAAGCUUUACGCAAAAGAACAGUUUGACUGGACACAUAAGAACACACACUGGAGAAAAACUGUUCGAUUGCGCAGUUUGUGGCAAAAGGUUUUCUCUGAAAAAUUACUUGACGCAACACAUGAGGACACACACAGGAGAAAAACCAUUUAGUUGCACAGUUUGUUGUAAAAGUUAUACCCAAAAGAGCAGUUUGACUCAACACAUGGGAACGCACACGGGAGAAAGACCAUUUAAUUGUUCAGUUUGCGGCAAAAGCUUUUCUUUGAAAAACUAUUUGACUCAACACAUGAGAACGCACACCGAUGAAAAAGCACUUGACUGCUCAGUCUGUUACCAAAGCUUCACUCAAAAGUGUCACUUGACCAAGCAUGCGAAAACGCACAGAGGCAAAAAAACCUUUCAUUGUUCCGUUUGUGGCAAAAGCUUUUCUCAAAGGAGCAGUUUGACCAAACACCUACGAGCGCACGCAGCAGAAAAACUGAUGAACUGCUCAGUUUGUCGCAAAGGCUUUCCUAAAAAGUGCAAAUUGACUCAACACAUGAGAACACACAGAAGGAAAAACAUUUAGCUGUCCGGUUUGUGGUGAGAGAGUCCGUCAUAAUGCAGUAAAAACCAGUUAAACUCACACGGGAGAAUAACCAACUAGCUGUUUAGUUUGUGGAGUGUUGCGAGACAAACCAACGGCCUCCUCAAAAUAAGUUCCCUGCUUCUUUCAAAAAUAUCUGAAUAUUUGUACAAAGUGGAACUAUCUGGAACAUAAUCUUAUCUCCUACUUGCACCAUGCCUUUAUUGUAUCUGAAGCUUGAAACUAAACCUUCGGGGUCGCCUGGUGUUCAUGUUUUGUGUCUACAUGACUCGGUGUACAAAAUAAUCUCCAAAAACCAAAUCAUUCUAUAAAUGCCGGUAUAAAAUUGUGUUCUUCUGACACUUUAAAGACUAAUAGACCUGAUGGAAUCCCAGCAACUGCACUUAAAAAACUGUGUGCUGGCGAUCCCCCCCCCCCUGGACACAAAGACGGUUCCAUCCUUCUGGAAAUGUGCCCGUCUGAUUGAUAGCGGUACUUAACAAUGGAAAGAAAAAAAGAUCUGUUGAACUAUAAGCCAACACCCCUGCUCUGCUACCCAUUACCAUCCAUCCAUCCAUUUUUUUCUGCUUCGUCUCGCUCUUCCCAGGGGAUCCCGAGGCGUUCCCAGGCCAGCCAGGAGACAUAGUCUUCCCAACGUGUCCUGGGUCUUCCCCGUGGCCUCCUGCCGGUCGGACGUGCCCUAAACACCUCCCUAGGGAUGCGUUCGGGUGGCAUCCUGAGCAUAAAAGCAUAAUACGCGACCACAUUCUCAAACCCCUCCACAAACAUCAAAUUCUAUCUCAGGGGUCGGGAACCUUUUUGGCUGAGUGAGCCAUGAAAGCCAAAUACUAUAAAAAUGUAUUUCCGUGAGAGCCGUAUAAUAUUUUUAACACCGGUUCAAACACUGAUGACAUCUAUGAAACAGACAAGAAGCAAGGAAUUAAACAGGGACAGGAUUCAAUUUAGCUCAAUGAGGAGACACCUGUAGACCUGUACCCUUGUCUAGUGUCGUCCCACGCUCUGACAAGAGAAUUCUACACCUCCGCUUUCAUUUGGACUUUCCCCUGACUACAACAACUAAAUGCGCACAUCUCUUAUUCUUUUUAAUAACAUCGUUAUUCUGAAGCUAACCAAUAAUAAAUAAAAUACUUUUGACCAUUAAUUCGACUUCAUGGACAGGUGCGGUAGAAUGUUUUAUAUUUUGAACGUUAUUUUUAACACUGUGAUUACCAGUGGAAUGAUUAAUUUCUUAUCGUGUUAAUUAACGUCAGCUAAGAUUCAUCUUGAGAGCCAGAUGCAGUCAUCAAAAGAGCCACAUUUGGCUCGAGAGCCAUAGGUUCCCUACCCCUGUUCUAUCUGAUAGUACAAAUCAGUUUGGACACACCUUCUCAUUCACAACACAACUGAUGGUCCCAACUCCCAUUGAUAAAGCCAGAAAGUCCACUUAUCAACCCUGACAAGGCACACCUGUGAAGUGAAAAACAUUUCUCCUGAAGCUCAUGGAGAGAAGGAAAAGCAGCGAUCAGAUCAAAGGGUGGCUAUUUUGAAGAAACUCGAAUACAAAACAUGUGUUCAGUUAUUUCACAUUUUAUUGUUAAAGGGGAACAUUAUUACAAUUUCAAAAGGGUUAAAAACAAUAAAAAAUCAGUUCCCAGUGGCUUGUUGUGUUUUUUGAAGUUUUUUUCAAAAUUUUACUGGUCUCGGAAUAUCCCUAAAAAAAGCUUUAAAGUGCCUUAUUUUCGGCUCUCUGCGAAGACACUGGCCAUUUCCCUGUGACGUUUGUAAACAAACAAUGGGAAUACCACAGCAAGAUAUAGCGACAUUAGCUCGGAUUCAAACUCGGAUUUCAUCGACUUAAGCGAUUCAACAGAUUACGCAUGUAUUGAAACAGAUGGUUGGAGUAUGAAAGUAUUGAAGAAGAAACUGAAGCUAUUGAGCGAAUUCAUAGUCAUAGCAUGGCCGAAUAGCUGCGUUAGCAUCGCCGGUAAAAUGUGCGGACCAAACGAUCAGGACUUUCGCAUCUUUUGACACUGGAGCAACUUAAAUCCGUCGAUUGGUAAGUGUUUUUUUUCGCAUUAAAUGUGGGUGGAAGGAAACGUAAUAUAGUUGCAAAUGCAUCUGCAGGUUAUCCAAACAUCUCUGUGCCAUGUCUGCUUUAGCACCGCCGGUAAAUAGCAUGUUAGCGUUGAUUAGCAUAGCAUGAUAGCAUCGAUUAGCUGGCAGUCACGCCGAAAUCAAAUAUGUCUGCUUAGCACAUAAGUCAACAUCAACAAAACUCACCUUUGUGAUUUCGUUGAAUUUAUCGUUGCAAAUGCAUCUGCAGGUUAUCCAUACAUCUCUGUGCCAUGUCUGUCAUCGCUGGGAAAAUGUGGAGACACUUUGGUACAUUCAAUGGGGGUCUGGCGGCAGACACUUUCGCACCUUCGGGCCAGUGGUGCAACUUGAAUCCCUCCCUGUUAGUGUUGUUACACCCUCCGACAACACACCAACGAGGCAUGAUGUCUCCAAAGUUCCAAAAAAUAGUCGAAAAAAUGGAAAAUAACAGAGCUGAGACCCGGUGUUUGUAAUGUGUUGAAAAUGAAAAUGGCUGCUGUAUUACCUUGGAAACGUCACGUUCUGACGUCAUCGCAAAAAGAGCGAUUAACAGAAAGGCGUUUAAUUCGCCAAAAUUCACCCAUUAAGAGUUCGGAAAAAAAUAUAUGGUCUUUUUUCUGCACCAUCAAGGUAUAUAUUGACGCUUACAUAGGUCUGCUGAUAAUGUUCCCCUUUAAGUACAUAACGCUACAUGUAUUCACUCAUACUUUUGAUGUGACAAUGUAAAUAGUCAUGAAAAUAAAGACAACACAUUGAAUGAGAA